GGUGAAAUACGCCGCUCGCUGCACAUGGCAUUUUGUUUACCCCGAAAACAUACCGGGCGUUUGUUUUGUGCGUGCGCGAGUCGGUAGAUCUAUUGGAUACGUAGCGUACACCAAGAGAAACUAAUUUUCCAAUCAAAAUGGCUUUAUGGAAUCAACGAGACUUAAAAGCACCCCCACCUAUGAACGCUUUGUGCAAAUCGAAACACAUCGAGGAAGAAAUUCGCGAUGCUACUAAAACGUGCGCUGAAAUGCUAGAGUAUUACACGACGUUGGGCAAAUUUCAGACGGCAACAGCGUAUCUGUCGAGCUUUUGCAGAUCUUACAGGAAUAGGAAACGCAACAUGCACGGGUUUCAAAUCAUGCGCCGUAUAAAUCAAGCACUGGUACGGAUGAAGCGCAUGAACCUGGUGCACGUUAUCAUGGAUUUGCACAGCUUCUUCCCGGAGUCGAACUUCAUCGAUCGGCAGGUGAAUCUGCCGGUGCGUUCCAACUUGGAGUAUCUGCUCGUUCGAAUGCAGGGACUGGCCAAGUUGCUGUUGCGUGUCGUUUAUCUUACCAAGGAAGCCGCACGCUACCAUUUGAAGCAAAUAGCGAUAGUGUUCCUGUACCAUUCGUUUGCCAUGUUUCUCGGGCUGAUGGGCGAGCUGUGGCUGUUUGCCCGCGCAAUCUGCCGACGCACGGUAGAGUUUUACAAUAGGCUGCACCCGGUGCUGAAUAUCCUGCCCAACGCCGACCAGCAGCAGUGGCUGCCGGAUGGGUACGAACUUCCGGCCGAUCUAGCGGGCUGGCUGGGGGAGGAGUAUGAGCGCGAGAUUCUGUACAUAUGCCAGGGAAAGGAUAUGCUUGAGCUGGGCGUGAAUUCGAACAUUUUUAACCUUCUCGACCAUCACUCCAAAGAUGAGAUGGAAAACGAGCUAACGCGCAUGGAAGAUGAGGCUAAGACGAAUAGCAAAGAGGAAAAGCCAAAACCAUCGUCCAGUUCCGUGCCCAAGGCGAUGCUGUUGCAAAGCUUACGUUCGGAUACCGGAGUGCAGGUAUCGAGGACAGGCAAGCUUGCCUUUCCAAAUUUCAACCGGCAGUUCAAUUACAUCAAAUCAAAGUUUCACGUGCAACAGUUCAUUGCGCAGGAACGUGCAAAACGUAAGGAGCGUCCGCAGGAGGCGAUCACAAAAGGUAUUUCGGAGCGGGAGUUUGAAAGCUUUAGUGUGCAAUUGAUGAGGAGCUAUAACGAGCUAUCGUCUUCGCAGUUUGUACAGAUGUUCAAGGAUGCGUUUCAGCACUUGCUUCAUGGGGUUAAAUGAAUCGAUCGUUUAAAUAAAAAUGCACCCUUCAAGUACUUCUCAGGAGGUUGGGGCUGUUCGUAA